UCGUCUUUACGUCUUCGCAUCUCAUCUUUUCGUCUUUAAGUUCCUGACCCUCGUACUUUCGUACUUCGCACAUUUCCCCUAAUACGAAUGGCGAUCAUUACGUAAUAUUCUGCCAUCCCAAAUUGCUCUGGAUCGCUGCGAGGCUGAAACGGAAAGUCAUCAUCCGUUGAUCCUUGUGUCCUUUCGUUGUCUACGCCCAAUCUUUUGCAAUCGGACAUUAACCAUCGAAGUCAUGCAUAUGUUCCAUUCUGUCAAUACAAAUUUGAUUCACGAAGCAAAACCGGUGCACCUCCCGACAACUUCCGCACAGAGCGGAAAAACAAUCUGCUCAAACUAGCUGGAACACUUUCCCAAACGGGGUUUGAGAACAGAACUGGAAACUGGAGUCAUGGAUUAGAUUACGCUGUACGGCCAUUGGUCAAAAUGGCAGACGAGCCAGCGCUCAACUGAUGUAAAGAGGAAGAACUCGGAAACGGAAUAUGGCUUCCAUGCUCUGAAUGAAACUCCGUAUUCCCUAGCUAAUACCCGCACCCCAGCCGUAUGGCUGUACCAGUGACUCCGAGACAUCUGCUUGUAGAGUAAGCGAUUUCACCAAAAAGUCGAAUUGAAAACGAAUCCAACUAUCAGUCCAUAUUUCUCUACCGGUCUUUCCAUGAAGACAUCUGAGUUACUGUUACACUCGACAAGCUACACUCUACUAAAUGGCUGUUCCAAAAAAGCCCCUUCAGAUGGAAGUAUGGCCGCGGAAUCAAUGGUAUAUAAAUAAAUGUAAAAUUGCGCAAAGCUAAUACUCAAAUUAUAAUAUUAUAAUAUUAUAUCUAAGUCUGCAAUGUUUUUUCUGUUGCUCAUAGACUCUCGUAAUUCCUAUAAAUAUAACUGAUUCCAGUGCAAUUCCAUCUUUAUCCCUUUUCUCCUCUUCCUCAUCCAGUCUAGCAAUUCAAUUAAAUUACAAUGCUUUCUGUGCAGACUACAAGAGCCGCCAAGUUGCAACUAGGUCAAUUACCUCUGAUUGCCUACACCGCCAGAAGUGGAAGACUUCACCACCAAUUCUACUCCACCGUUGCUGAAAAGACAGCCAACCCUACGCCAAACACCUCAGAUAAAACUAAUAUUUUUGAUAUUAGAACCAAGGUGUACGAUGAGACUGAUAUAAGAAAACAUGACGACAAUCAGUUUAUCACCCAUCCUUUAUUUCCUCAUCCUACGUUUUCGCAGGAAGAUUGUUUGAAAGUUGGUUACGAACAUCGUCCUCCUCGGACUUUUGGUGACAAAAUGGCUUUCAGAGGCAUUGAACUUGUCAGAGGUUCUUUCGACUUUGUCACCGGUUACAAGAAGCCAAAGACACAGGCUGAUAUCGAUUCAGGUUUUAAAGGUACCAGAUACGAGAUGACAGAAGGUAAAUGGUUGACCAGAUGUAUAUUCUUAGAAAGUAUUGCUGGAGUUCCAGGUGCCGUUGCUUCCUUCAUCAGACACUUGCAUUCUUUACGUUUGUUGAAGAGAGACAAAGCCUGGAUCGAAACCUUACUUGAUGAAGCAUUCAACGAAAGAAUGCAUUUACUUACCUUCAUCAAGAUUGGCAAACCUAGUUGGUUCACCAGAACAAUCAUCUACGUCGGCCAAGGUGUAUUCUGCAACUUGUUCUUCUUGUUCUACUUGGCCAACCCUAAGUAUUGUCACAGGUUUGUUGGCUACCUUGAAGAAGAGGCUGUUAGUACCUACACUCAUUUCGUUCAUGAAUUACAAUCAGGUAAGCUUCCCAAGUUUGAGAACAUCAAGAUUCCAACCAUUGCAUGGCAAUACUGGCCAGAGUUGACCGAGAAUUCGUCCAUGUUGGACUUGAUUUUAAGAAUCAGAGCCGACGAAGCCAAGCACAGAGAAGUCAACCACACCUUGGCCAAUUUAGAUCAAAGAAAGGACAGAAAUCCAUUUGGGUUGGCAAUUCCGGAUCUCAAGGAACCGCAACCCGAAAGUGGCUUAAAGGUUACGAAACCCCACGGCUGGGAGAAGGAAGAAUUGAAAUUGUAAGAAUUGCUCAGGUUUCCCGAUUUCUUUCUACAUCAUUUUUGUAUCGUUGUUCAUAGUUAGGUUUUUACGAAGAAUGAAGUCAUGAUUAGCACGAAGUUGAUUGCACCGUAGUAGCCGCUGGAAACAGCUACAGUUUAAUCGAGAGUAGCUGCAAGUCAGACCUGUAUGGAAUCAAAAUCGGAGUUGCAGCAAUAUCAAAUCCCGCGCAAGUUGAGAGACAUCUCUUAGCAAUAUCGAGACCAAUACGAUGAAGUUAGGAAUUGGCCGAUAAGAGAACGGAGAAAUAUUAUACAAAGCAGAACCUGGGGCUUUGCAGGAUAAAGAGGAAAUGGAAGCAAGGCUACGAGAAAAGCACGAAGAAUGGGGGACUGGACCAGUAGUUAUUUAGGUGCGAUUAACAUUGAUAAUAUUGCUACAGAGCCAAACGCCACGAAGCUUUCCGCAAAGUAGCAGUGCUGUGUACGUAUUUUACGGGGUUCCAUACGUUGCAGCAACGGGUUCUUGAUUUCCGCUGUUACUAGAGCAAAGAUAGAGGAUGGAAAAUAAGUCAGACCACCUUUGUCAAUUGGACUAAUAUUAUAUGAGAAGCGUAAGACUAAAAAAUGUACGAGAGCAAAAGAAAUUAUACCAAAAAUUGCAAACACCAUUUUUUUCCGGUAGCAAAACACAAACGUCGGUCUUCUGAAGUCAACCCGUUCAAGUCUUCACAUGCAA